AUGUCAACGUCCGAAACUCAGACUACCAGUACGUCGUUGGCGGAGAAACCGGAUAAAUCGGUUGUACCGGUUAAAAAAGUUGAAGACAAGGCCUCCAAAAGUCCAAAGAGUCCGAAAGCUGCGACUGGCAAUCGAGUUAAAAUUAACGCUCCUUAUGCCUAUGUAGAGGAAUUGGUUGUCAGUUCGCCAAAUGAACGAAACUGGAGAGGGAUCUUCAUAGCUUUAUUGGUUAUAGUAGCCGUUCUAGGGCUAAUUGUCUUCAGUAUAGUGCUAGUAUCGCCUCCGGAGGAAGGUCCUAGAACUAAAGGGAUCAAACCUACUCUAGAAGAUAUAUUUGUUAAGCUACCACCACCAGCCAGGUUUAAUGGAACUUGGAUAUCAGAUUAUGAAUUUAUAUACAAAGACGCACAAGGAGGAAUUACCUUAUACAAUGCGGAUAAUUUAACAACCAGCAUUAUUAUGACGAAUUCAACUUUUAGACAAUACGAAGUCAAAGAUUUUAAAAUUUCCAAUGACCUACGAUACGUUCUUCUAAUUAGUGAUAUUCAGAAAGUUUAUGCCUACACUGCGAUAGCAAAGUAUUACAUCUAUGAAAUUGCCACAAGAAUAAGAAAGCCGUUGUCUCCCAAGGAACUGGACGAGAAGGCUCCUUACUUGCAGUACGCCACGUGGUCGCCAGAUGGCACCGGAAUCGCCUUCGUCCACGACAACGACAUCUACUACAAACCCAAAGUGGAGAAGGACCUGGUGUGCAGGAUCACCAACACCGGAAUACAGGGGCUCAUCUACAACGGCAUUCCGGAUUGGCUCUAUGAGAACGAGAUCCUGCACGUGUCCAGCACCGUUUGGUUUAGUCCCGAUGGUCUUUAUUUGCUUUACAUGACCUUCAACGAUACUAACGUUGGAGAGUACAGGUAUCCCUGGUUCGAGAGUGACAACGUCAAGGCAGCCUAUCCGAGCAUCAAGUCCUUUAGAUUUCCUAAGGUGGAAUCUCCGAAUCCAGAAGUGUCGGUUUGGAUAGUAAAUUUGACGAUGCCAAAGUAUCUUUUCCCGUUUGAGCUAAAGCCCACUAACAGCGUGGAGGCUGGCAGCUAUGUGACCAGCGCCAGCUUUAACGGCGAUAAUAACGUUGCGGUGAUAUGGCUGAACCGACAUCAGAAUAUGUACGUGAUCGUGACGUGUCGAUCUCAAAACGCGUACAACUGCACAGAUUUUCACAUUGAGGCAGAGCACAUCGGCUGGACAGAGCCGAUCUUUCAUCCGGUUUUCAAUGAAAACGGCACCAAGGCAAUCGUGCGGUUGCCGGUCAAAGACGGCGAUAAUGGGCAUUUCAUGCACGCUUGCGAGCUUUACAACAACAAAGUCCGCCCUCUGACCCACGGCGCCUUCGAACUGACCAGAAUAUUGGCAUGGGACGAGGAAAGUCAAGAAAUUUAUGCCAUCGCUACCACGGAAAACACCCCAGGAGUCCGCCACCUGAUCAAAAUCACCGACGGCAUCGUUCCCGAGUGGUUCUGCCUCACAUGCAAACUGGAACUGGACCCGAACAGCACCCUAGCAGACGCAAUGAACGACACGCAGACUUCGAAAGCUCUUCUCCUGGACUACGACUGCGAAUACAACAACGUGAUAUUCAGUAAAAACUUCAAGUAUUACAUCCAAGAAUGCCUGGGGCCGGACAUACCGAUUGUCGCGCUGGCCAGGACUUUGACCAACCAAAGGUUGGCAGUACUGGACAGCAGCGUGAAGUUGAGGAGGAAGGUGAAGAAAUUCUCGCCGCCUCAGAUAAAAACGAUUUCCGUGGAGAUCGAGUUCGGAUAUAAAGCGCAAGUGAGGUUGUAUAUGCCGCAGGUGUUAAGGGAAUAUGAGGAUGUCACUUUUCCAUUGAUUUUGAUAGUUGAUGCAGCCCCGUCUUCGCAAUCGGUGUCGUCCAAGUGGGAGCUCUCCUGGCCCUGGUACCUGGCCAGCUCGAGGAACUACGUGGUCGCGAAAAUUGACGCGCGCGGUUCCGGUUUCCAGGGCGUGAAGAUGAGGCGCGAGGUGCAGCGCCGCAUCGGCCUCAUCGAGGUGCAGGAUCAGCUGGCCGUGCUCACGUAUCUGAGGGACACGUUUAAAUACAUCGACAGGGCCAAGAUUUGCACCACGGGCAGAGGGUACGGGGGUUACGUGUCCGCCAUGAUGCUUUUGCAGGACUUCCAUCAAGUUAUCAACUGUUCUGUCAGCAUUUCACCGAUUACCAAUUGGAAAUAUUACAACUCGUAUUUCUCAGAAAAAUAUCUCGGCUUCCCCUCGAAACAUAUGCAAGAAUACGACAACGCCGACCUGACUAUGAAAGCAACCAACUUAAACGACAGGCAUUUUCUGUUGGUGCACGGCACGGCUGACACAAAAGUUACCCCGGAACAUUCUUUCAUGCUUGCCAAAGCUUUGAUAGACCAGGAAAUUCUGUUUCAGCAGUUGGCCUAUCCGGACGAGGGACACAAUUUCAGGACAAAGGCUCUAUUACACAUGUAUAAAGAAAUUGACCAGUUUUUCAACGAUUCAUUUGGUCCAGUGAUCGAGGAAUGGACGGUAGACGAUUCCAAUGAUGUUGUCCAUAUUGGUAUCGCCAUGGGAACACCAGGCGAUAAAGCAGCGAAAAUCGGCGAGGUAGUCAAGCAGGAGCCAGUGGAGCCGACCGAGCAGCCACAAGCGGCAGAGGCGGACCUUCCGGUAGCCGCCGCCGCAGCGAGCGUCCCGCCAUUUCCGCCCGCCAUGGGAGUGCAGAGCGUGUUGCCGCACUUCGAGACCUUCGGGCCCGGACUGGGCUUGAAGCAGGAUCCGGGGACGGCAUUGGUUGGCAUCGAGCAGGGCCAACUGGAAUUCUAUUUUCCGCACUCGAAGUACUAUCCGAGCGCAUCCGAGACACUAUCCGUCUAUCCGGCUGCUUCGAAACCUGCUCCAACACCACGACAUGUCGCAAUAGUAAAUCCGGAAGAAGCGGGUCCGUCGGGCAUCCAAACGCCCAAAUCGACAUCGAGAUCGACGAGCGCGAGCCCAGGCAAGCUGAAAAAGAACAAGAAACAGCCGGCCGCGUCGCCGUCGACGCCGACGCCGAAAAAAUCGCACGCGUGCGGCGUAUGCCAGAAAAACUACGCUUCGUCGGCCAAACUGGCCAAGCACCAGCAAACGCACGCGUGCUCCUCGCCCUUCAAGUGCGACACGUGCAAGAAAGUGUUCGUGCACAGCCCGAGCAAGGAGAUCUACGCGUGCGAGAAGCCCGACUGCAAGAAGGAGUACACCUCGCUGAUGAGCUACCGCAAGCACCUGGCCAUCCACGAGGCCGAGGCGGGCAACCUCACGUGCGCCAUCUGCUCGAAGACGUUCGAGACGAAGGACGAGAUCGUGUACCACCUGAAGAUACACUCGGGCAGCAGGACGGUGAAGAACCCGGACGAGAAGAAGUGCACGUGCGACUACUGCGAUCGCAAGUUUUUCACGAAGAAGGACGUGCGCAGGCACCUGGUGGUGCACACGGGCAUGCGCAACUUCCUGUGCCAGUACUGCCCGCAGCGGUUCGGCAGGAAGGACCACCUGGUCAGGCACAUCAAGAAGUCGCACGCGCGCGACGUCAAGGACGAACAGCAGACGGCCAAGUCGGAAAAAAAAGAGCUACCGGAAACCGUUACCAAGCCCAAGACCGAAGUCAAAAUCGAAAGUUGCAACACCAGCGAGUUUCCGCUCGAGUACAUAGACAUAGACGAGACGCUGUUCAUCGAGCCGUCGACGUCGAACCCCGCCGAGUUGACGGACCUGGGGCCGAUCGUCCUCGAGGACGAGAUCGCGGACGACGACGACGCCGCGCUGGCGGACGUCCCCGUCCCGGUGCCCAACGUCCUCGACGAGAGCGUCGUCGCCAGGCUGCUGGAUUCCGCCGACGACGACAACACGCCGCUGCCCUCUUUCAGCAAGACCUUCCAGCCGCCUCCGACGUAACCUUUCCGCCGCAGGUUCGUUCCGCAUAGUAUUAUGUAUCUCAGUGAUUUCAUUUUUUCAGGAAUAUUGCAUAGGUCAAGUAAUAUGCGUUCCCAGUAAUGGGGUUGUUAACUGUUUUACAAAAAUAUGACUCAGGGUUGAGAACCAAUAGUUUAUUGUUUAUAACAAAACUUAUAGUUAUAUGUUUUAAAAUGUAGCACUGAAAGCAGAGUUAGCAGGUUAAUAAGAAUACAAAAACUUGAAAAACAAAAAUCAAAAAUCCAAUUUUUUAAAUUUGGAACAAGAGACAUAACUUACAGUUGAGUCAAGCCACGUCAAGUGGGACC